AUGAAGACGCCCGUGUACGCCCUUUUACCACUCCUCCUAUCGCUAUCACAUCUUGCCGCCUCUGUAUCAAUAGACUGUCAACACAUCCGGGUCGACGGCAAGAAGUUUGACCUGUCGAAGCUCGCGGGGCGUCAUUCCGUCAGUGUCCACGACACAUCAAGGCCACCUGCCGAAUACAACACCACAUGGACGAUCGACCUUUGUGCGCCGUUGAAGAAGCUCGAGGGCAUAAGAGACCAGGACCAAUGUCCGCAUGGAACACGAGUAUGCGGCGUGGUCCGAUCGUGGAACCCUGCCGACGACCCGGAGAAGAAACACGUCCAAGUCGAGAACGUGAUCCCCAUCGCGGGGAACUUCGAGUCCAGCACCGGUGCCGGUCUCGAUCCCAAAGUGACGAGGUUGAAAGCGCAGGAUGCGAACUCGGACGGUCUCCAGAUUGAGCUGAACGGCGGCAAUUACAACCACAUGAAGCAAAAGGCAGUGGUGCAAUUAACGUGCGACAAGGAUCGGACGGGGAACGAAGAGAAGAGGAAGCGGAGCCGGAAGCAGAAGAAGCGCGACGAUGACGGUGAGGAUUCGGACAAGGACAAGGACAAGAACAAGGACGAGGUGGAGCAACCGAGCACAUCCAGCUUAGAAUUCGUGAGCUACGGCCAGGUCGAGGGCAAGGACAAGGUCGAGGUUCUGAGACUCAACUGGCGGACAAAGUACGCUUGCGAGGACUACGCCGACAGCGACGAAGCGACGAGGAAGAGCGGUUGGGGCUUCUUCACCUGGUUUAUCCUGAUCGCCUUCCUGGGCAUCGCCGCCUACCUCAUCUUCGGCUCCUGGCUGAACUACAACCGCUACGGUGCCCGGGGCUGGGACCUGCUCCCGCACGGGGACACGAUUCGCGACAUCCCCUACCUCUUCAAGGACUGGUCGAGGAAAGUCAUCGACACCGUCUCCGGCGGCGGUUCGAGGGGCGGGUAUAGCGCUGUAUAA